AUGUAUCACCCUCAACCUUCAACUUCCAAAUCUCAGGCCGACCCUUCUGUGGCCCCUGAAGCCUUUACCAGCGACACUCCUCUUUCUGCGCGACUUCAGCAGGGCACCGCCAGAGCUCACACUGCUAUAGAACGUAGCAGAGGCGUCCGAGCUCUGAUGGGCCUCGCAAGGGGUGACAGCAGCGACGGUCAGACCUUGGGACUUGAAAGGUCAGAGUAUAUCGCGUGGCUUGUUGGUCUCGGUUGCGUCUAUCGGUGAGCAUUUCGUGUUCGUACGACGCAGCUUGUUGUGCGCCGCCCUGACCCUUCCCUCUUCGACUCUGCAGAACGCUAGAGGCCUAUCUGACAAUCUCUGCGCCUCUCUUGGAACCUUUGCAAUCCAUGCUCGACCUGCCCAGCCUCUUCAGAACAUCCACACUCGAAGAUGAUGUCAGAGCUCACCUAUGCACUGGUGCACACAUCGCCGCCGCUGGCGCGUUGUACUCCAAGCUAGAAGAGACUGAAGCGCUUGACGCAUUGGCACACCCUCUUGCAUCAGAGUCACCAGCACACCAGCAGCUUGCUGAAUUGCUGGCCCAUCUGCCUCACGCCGCAAGAUCCAUCGAACGUUCUCGCGCACAGUUCCCAACAGCGCAGCACCUAGCUAUCAUGUCGCCUCUGCACGCCAGCGCCGUGCUUCGAUACUCUGAGCGUCUCGACACUCUUGGUCGCGCGGCGACAACCUGCAGAAGCGGACGAAGCACUCCAUCCGACGAAGGUGUCUGCCUCACCCCUCUCGAUGAGCACAAGACGCCACUGACCGCUCAAAGAACCGGUCUCAACGACACGCCAGACCUUCUGCCCGCACACGCCUACGUCCGCUACAUGGGCGACUUGUCUGGCGGUCAGCACAUUGCCAAGCGCGCAAAGGCCCUGUGGCCCAUCGAAGAUUCCGGUGCAGAAGCCGGCUUUCAAUUCUACCGUUUCGAAAAGCCGGCCUUUUUCGAAGAGAGUCAGCGCGCUUGGGAAAUGUCGCUCAAGCAAGACUUUAGACGCGCCAUGGAUGGCGGAUUCGAAGAUCUGUCGAUGGCGGAACAGCAGACUAUGAGUCCUCUUCUAGUGCACGAGGCGAGCCUGGCCUUUGAUCUCAAUCGUGCAAUUUUCGACGCCCUCGUUCCUUCUUCAGAAGCCGAUGAGUUGGCAGAUCAAGCGCAGCUCGAGCAGCAGAUGCGCAAACUCGCCAAGGUCGAAGUUCACAAGCUUCCCAUCCAUCUACGUCUCAUCGCCACGCACGGGAGCGCAUCUGGUGCCCUCUUCAAGCUCGCUGUACCUUCUACAUUGGCGAUUGCCUUUGCUUUCGCCGCUAGCGCCGGCGCAGCAGCAUCGUGA